AUGUCUUCCCAAGAAGAUUCCUCCCCCAAAGAACCUAAGUCCGGCUCUGAAUGGGAGAUCCCUCCCAUUGGCACACCAUGCUGGAUAGAGAUCCCUGCCCGGGACGUGACGAAGUGCAAGGAGUUCUAUGCCACCUUGUUCCCUGAGUGGGAAUGGCGCUCCACGGACACUACAACUAAGACCGAGCAGACCACAGCCUCAUUCAGCUUCAAGAAGCAGUCCCUCACUGGAGGCAUCGUGAAAGUUCAAGAGAUUUGGAACACCUCCGGUGCGCAACCUGGGGGAAUGGGAUAUGUUGUUUAUCAUAUCGUAGACUCAAUUGAUAUUGCUGUGGAGAAAAUCCAGUCGAUUGGCGGAAAGCAGAUCUUGGAGAAGAAACCGGAAAGCGAUUUUGGUUUUUAUGCGAAGUGUAAGGAUGUUGAGGGUAAUAUCUUUGGAAUUUAUGAAGUGAAAAGGUAG